AUGUCCGACUUUGAAGCCAUUGAUGUGGCUUUCUCUCGCACCGGUGGUGCCACCACCCGCGUUUCCAUCGUGCCCCUGUCCGAUCGUGGACUUGUGGAUCUGGCUGUGGCCGCUCUGAUGGAACAUCAAAUUCUUGGUUUGGCCGUGUUUUCCACGCCUCGGCUGCGGGCCCAAGACUACAGCCCGAUUGCCGUCAUGGCCAUUUCCUCGGGCGUCGACACCUUUCUCUUCACCGUUGGCUUUGACGUCCGACGUGAAGACAUUGCCAAAAUUUACAUUGACUACGGCGUGGCAGUUGAGCCUAUCCACGAUCUCCGUGAUAUCUUAGCUCCAGAGACUGGCUCAGCGUCUGUUUUCGAGGCCUUUCAACGCGAGUUCCCGGGCGGCACGUUUCGCUAUCAGCGCGAUGUCAAGUCCAGCGACUGGUGGCGUCGCGAUCUUGAUGAAGCGCAAAUCUCGCUGGCCGCCUUUGACGCCUGGGCCAUCCGCUACUUUUGGCUCAUCGUGGCCCAGCCAAAGGGCUACCCCGUCCAAGCACGCACCCAGGGCAUCGAGGUAUCGGAAAUUACUCAAGGCAUUGUUCGCGAAACCUUUCCCGGCCAGCGCCAGCCCUACCGUCGGGACGAUCGCUUUGUGGAACACGAGGUCACAAUGCGGGAGGGGGCUGACAUGUCCACAAGCUUUGCUGCGACCGGCUGGUCCAGCCACGGUGGUGUUUCCAUGAGAAACACUCGCAGCGCUGCUGAAAACGCGCCGCAGGGCGGAGGCGAACCUGUCGCCCCACCGCCAUCCUUUGCUGCGUCAAGCAUUGCGCCCAAUGGCGUCCCACAAAUGCAAGCUUUUGGGCGCGGGCUCGAGCCCUCGGAUUCCAUCGCUGCACACUUGCAGCCGACCAUGGCCGAACACACGGCUGAAGCACAGCAGGCGGCCGUGAGUUUUGAAAUGCAAGAAGACGUCAACCCCGAAACUUUCUCGUGCCCAUAUUGCGAGCGCAGCUUUGAGACAUAUGCCAUUCUUCAGCAGCACAUGUAUGCUCGUGUCAAUGGCCUUUGUUACCCGGACGGCCCGGGCGAAGCCAGCGUGGACAUGGCCGAGGAUCAGAUGGAGGACACAGAAUGGAGCGCUGCUCCUGGAGAUGCCCAAUCCGGUGCCAAUGGCCAUCAUGGCGGUGGCGUUGCCUUUGUGCAAGCUCCCAACGUUUCCAUGAUUCCUCGCGAUGACGAUGACGAGUUGGCUGCAGGUUCUUACGCUCCGGGACAGGCUGCACAGGCCACAUCCCGGCCUAGUAUGGCGCAGCAGCAACCGGCGUCUACCGACAACGGCAAUCAUAACCCAUCAGCAGCCACGCAAGCUGCUGCUGUGCCGCAAAACGAGCUGCAUACUGGUGGCACUCCUCUCAACUCAACCACUCGACCCAUAAAUGCAUCGCGCUUCGGGACUUCACAUUCCAUCUUGGCCUCUCGAACGAGCCUGCUCUCAGAGAGCGUGUAUGGAAACGAUCUCAAUCUUAGCAUGCUCCCCACAUCGGCGGCACAUCGAGGGGUGGCCUCCAUGGCCAAGGACGAUCGCCCCACCCAUCUCGAUAACCCCAACGACACGGCCACUGGCGCUCAGGCUACAGGAGAGGCAUCUAUUCUGGCACAGACCAUGCGCUGGGAGGGCGGGGCUAACAGCACGAUGCGACGGGCAAACGCAUUCGAGCUCAACACCACUGGCGCCAUGCAGCGUGCGGGUGGUUCACGACCCGGUUGGCCAGACCGCUCGGGCUUCUCUAUCGGCAAUAUUAGUGGCAGUCACGCGGGUACAAAGCGUGCGUCAGGGUCCAACAUGACUUGGCAAGCCCCUUCUCAUGAAGCAGCAAGCUCCUUCGCCGCCAACGAAUCCCGGGAUACGGAUGGCUUUCGUCGACCGUCUACUUUGGGUCAGCCGCGAUCUAGCAGUGGGUCGACCUAUCGUUCGCCCAAUGCCACCACAAGAACGGCUUUUGGUGUGCAUCAUCCGCAAGGCGUCUAUGGUCGCUACUCGGAUUUGGAUCACAGCGUUCGUCAGGGUGACUUGACGCGCUCUGAUGUCAACAUGACCAGGUACCACAACCAGUCCAUGCAGGCCGCGCCUGGCGAGGAACCUUGGCUAGACCCACCAAACCGAAUGCCGGUGCGCUUGGCCGUGGCUAGCACUGCCGGGGACGUUGGUCGCUUUUGAAGCUUCUGCCUAAAGACCUGUGAUGAUGUGUGCCAUCUAAUUUGCAGAGGAGGCUGAUGCACAGUUGAAUUAGCAAUACUAUCUGGCGUCAAUUCAUGAGUCUAAUCUUGAUGCAAUGUUCUGGAUGACACGGGCGCUGUCGUUCUUGUCAAUAUCGUUCUAGUUGAUCUUGAACCCCUAAAUGCUCAGCACUUUCACAAUGGCCAGUCGCUUUCCAGACGAGCUGGCGAAUCAAACAUGACUGGGCAGAUCUCACAUGAUUCCCGUGGCGACAAUCAACAACAUGCCGAC